CCUCUACAGCCUCUCCCCUCCCCUCCCCACCCUUGUGGGGGCUGGUGCAGGCACCAGCAGGGCCACUCUGGGCAGCUGGGUGAAGGCCCAUGUGGGCAGGCCUCCCCAGCGGCGGCUGCCUUCUCCCUGGACCCCACAGCAGGCCUGCACGCUUCACUUUCAGGUUUCUCAAGCGCCUUCCUUCUCUUGUCUGCUUCCCCAUCUGCCAGGUUUCCAUCUUCCUGUUUCCCUUCCUGGGCUGCUGGCAGUGAGGGGCUGUGCCUGGUGGGCCCGUGGAGAUGCUCAGUGCUCUGGAUCGCCGGGACCGGCCCCCUGAAGAGGGGGCAGCCGCAGGGCUCCAGGGCUUCGCUGUGGACAAGACCUUCCUCUCCUCCCUCAAAGGCAUCCUGCUGGAAACUGAGCUGGCCCUGACCUUCAUCAUCUUCAUCUGCUUCACGGCCUCCAUCUCCGCCUACAUGGCCGCCGCACUGCUCGAGCUCUUCAUCACCCUCGCCUUCCUCUUCCUCUACGCCACCCAGUACUACCAGCGCUUCGAUCGGCUGAACUGGCCCUGUCUGGACUUCCUCCGCUGUGUCAGUGCCAUCAUCAUCUUCCUGGUGGUCUCCUUUGCAGCUGUGACCUCCCGGGAUGGAGCGGCCAUUGCUGCUUUUGUUUUUGGCAUCAUCCUGGUUUCCGUCUUUGCCUACGAUGCCUUCAAGAUCUACCGGACUGAGAUCGUGCCCAGGGCCACUCAGGGGGACCAGCAGUGACCCAGGACUACAGCCGGAGCAAGGGGACAGUGGAGCUCAGGCACAUCUCUCUUGGAUUCACUAGCCCCCUAGCCCACUGUCCCCACCCCAGAUCGACAGAGAUGGAGACUGGCCUGAGAAGUCACGUGGACCUGUUUGUGGGCCUGGUGCUCUAAGAUCCGACUCCUGAGGAAGCUGGGCUGAAGAGGGGUGUUAUGGAGAGAGGAGUGGGUAGGAGGAAGCUGGUCAUUUCCAAAUUAAAAGAUUCAAAUCCUA